UGCAGCACGCAGCGCGGCGCCACCUCGGAGAGUCUGCGUGUGGACGCCCCUGGCUCCUCUCACAUGUCAAGUCACAGCGGGGAGCUGCGCAUCCUGAGCGUUUACGGACAAGGGGAGGGCCCACUGGCGGUGGACGGCCAUGACACCCUCUUUGCCGCGUCAGAACUGGAGGCCUUGAGCUCGCUGUCCGCUGACCACAGCGUGGCCAAGAGCCUGAACUGCAGCGUACAGCUCGUCCGCCUUGAGGAGCUGACUGGGCAUCAGGGCGGCCGCAAGGGCCGGCCCGGUGUCUUGUGUGGAAAGGUUAUUCCCAACAAUGCCAAUAUGAUCGUCCACAUGAGGACUCACUCCGGCGAGAAGCCCUACAGGUGUGACCGAUGCCCGAAGCGGUUCAGUCUGAAAGGCACCCUGAAGACCCACCUGAGGAGUCACUCCGGCGAGAAACCCUACAGCUGUGACCUAUGCACGAAGUCUUUCUGUCAGAAAGACUACCUGAAUAGCCACAUGAGAACUCACUCCGGCGAGAAGCCCUACAAGUGUGACCAAUGCACAAAGCGCUUCAGUCUUGGCUGCUACCUGAAGAACCACCUGAGGACUCACACCGGCGAGAAGCCCUACAGGUGUGACCGAUGCCCGAAGCGGUUCAGUCUGAAAGGCACCCUGAAGACCCACCUGAGGAGUCACUCCGGUGAGAAACCCUACAGCUGUGACCUAUGCACGAAGUCUUUCUGUCAGAAAGACUACCUGAAUAGCCACAUGAGAACUCACUCCGGCGAGAAGCCCUACAAGUGUGACCAAUGCACAAAGCGCUUCAGUCUUGGCUGCUACCUGAAGAACCACCUGAGGACUCACACCGGCGAGAAGCCCUACAGGUGUGACCAAUGCCCGAAGUGCUUCAGUCUGAAAGACCAUCUGAAGACCCACAUGAGAACUCACUCCGGCGAGAAGCCCUACAAGUGUGACCAAUGCACGAAGCGCUUCAGUCAUGGCUGCAACCUAAAGAACCACCUGAGGACUCACACUGGCGAGAAGCCCUACAGGUGUGACCAAUGCCCGAAGUGCUUCAGUCUGAAAGACCCCCUGAAGCGCCACAUGAGGACUCACUCUGGGGAGAAGCCCUACAAGUGUGACCAAUGCACGAAGCGCUUCAGUCGGACGGGCACCCUGAAGCUCCACCUGAGGACUCACUCUGGGGAGAAGCCCUACAAGUGUGACCAAUGCACAAAGUGCUUCAGUCUGAAAGGCAGCCUGAAGAUCCACCUGGGGACUCACUCUGGGGUGAAGCCCUACAAGUGUGACCAAUGCACGAUGCGCUUCAGUCUGAAAGGCGCCCUGAAGAUCCACCUGAGGACUCACUCCGGUUAGAAGCCCUACCUGUUAGUGCAUUGCAACGCCAGCUACAGCAACCCAAGCAAUUUGAGUGUGCACAUGCUCAAGCACACGGGCAAUGGGGUGCUUUCACACAGGGUAACGGGGCGCUUUGAUUGAGAGCUCUGUCCGGUAUUUGUCAAAAUUACUGCUUUUAGUUUUUCUUUUCAUCAUGAUUAAACACUUUCCAGCUUU